GGGGGGCGGGGGGGCGCCGGCCCCGCCGCCGCGGGGGGACGCGGCUCUCGGCGCCGUGCGCCCGAGCUGCCGCUGGUUACGCCAGCCCCGCCGCCUGCCUCUCUGCCGCUCCUCGCCUCUGAUUCUGCGCACAGCCAGCCCCGAAGCCUGUCAUUCUGCAAAACACAGUUUACUCAACAGAGAGCGAGCGAGUGGGGGAGCGGGAGAGGUGGCGAGAGGGAGACGGCGCGGCGCAGCGCGGUCCCGCACCCCAGCAUGGCUUCGGGGGACCUUUACGAGGUUGAGAGGAUUGUGGACAAAAGGAAGAACAAGAAGGGCAAAUGGGAAUAUCUCAUCAGAUGGAAAGGCUAUGGAAGCAACGAGGACACCUGGGAGCCUGAGCAUCAUCUCCUGCAUUGUGAGGAAUUUAUUGAUGAGUUCAAUGGACUACAUGUUACUAGAGAAAAGCGAUCAAGACAUGGGAAGCAGGCUGGCACUCCAAAAUUUUUACGGGAAAGUCGAGGGUCAUCUGUUGAGAAAAUAUCACACAGACCUUCUGAAUCUGGGAAGUCUAAAGGGUCAACACAUAAAAGAAAGAGAAUUAAUCCAUCUCUUCAAAAACAGAAAAGAGGAUACACAGCAAAGCCAGCAUCUGCAAGUGACAGGGCUGCUAAAACUGUGACUUACCGAACUACCCCCAGCGGUUUACAGAUCAUGCCACUGAAAAAGCCACAUAAUGGGCUGCAGAAUGGAGAUGGCAGUCACGAAAAAGAUUCUAGGCAUUUUGGGAAUGGCUCACAACAGCAAAACAUGGAUUUAAAUGAUCAUGAAGGAGAACACAAUUUGCCAAGCGUUUUGGAAGUCAGUAACGAUUCGCCUGUUGUGAAUGGAAUUGGUUCUUCUCUGGCCAAUGGAAGCUUGAACCUACACAGCACUGUGAAAAGGAAACUAGAUGGGGAGAAAGAUUAUGUCUUCGAUAAGAGACUAAGAUACAGCGUGCGUCAAAAUGAAAGUAACUGCCGGUUCAGGGACAUUGUAGUCCGGAAAGAAGAUGGUUUCACACAUAUUUUGCUGUCCAGUCAGACUUCAGAUAACAAUGCACUGACCCCAGAGAUCAUGAAGGAAGUUCGGAGAGCAUUGUGCAAUGCAUCAGCUGAUGACAGUAAACUCUUACUUCUCAGCGCAGUGGGAAGUGUAUUCUGUAGUGGCCUAGAUUACUCAUAUUUAAUUGGCAGGUUAUCCAAUGACAGAAGAAAGGAAAGCACUAGGAUUGCAGAAGCUAUAAGGGAUUUUGUAAAAGCUUUUAUUCAGUUUAAGAAGCCAAUUGUGGUUGCUAUCAACGGCCCCGCUCUCGGGUUAGGAGCUUCUAUUUUACCACUAUGUGAUAUCGUUUGGGCAAGUGAGAAGGCAUGGUUUCAGACACCAUAUGCAACAAUCCGACUCACUCCAGCCGGCUGCUCAUCAUAUACAUUCCCACAAAUACUGGGUGUUGCACUGGCAAAUGAAAUGUUGUUCUGUGGGAGAAAGCUGACAGCACAGGAAGCCUGCAGCAGAGGACUAGUGUCACAAGUGUUUUGGCCAACAACAUUCAGCCAAGAAGUGAUGCUACGAGUGAAGGAAAUGGCAUCCUGCAGUGCAGUGGUAUUGGAAGAGUCCAAAUGCCUUGUGCGGAGCUUCCUGAAAUCCGGACUGGAAGAUGUGAAUGAGAAAGAGUGUCAGAUGUUGAAACAGCUGUGGAGUUCUUCCAAAGGACUGGAUUCAUUAUUCAGCUACUUGCAAGACAAAAUUUAUGAAGUCUGAUGUCAUGGCCUAACUUCAAGAGAAAAUGCUCCGACUGUAAACAGAGCCCAACAUUACCUGUGUUUGAAAAGCAGAGGCAACGCAUCCUUGAGGAAUUUGUGACAGUGUAUCUUAAUACAUAUGGUUGUGUCCAUUUCCUUGUGAGUUACACAGCUGCUUCUAGCUGGUUUGAUUUCGUGUGACAGAGAUGUAGGCAGGCUUGUUCAGUGCACAUAAGCUCUGCAGAGGGCUGCGUCUUUCACAUGCUCACCCAGAUAAAAUUCACAUUCCAGGGGCCAAGAAGCACUGCUGCGGCCCAAGAAGGCACGCCGUCGGUAACCAUUUAUUUUGUCUGUCCUUCUUAACUUAUUCUUGCUGUUGCAACACAUCUGGGCUGACACACAGGGCUCAAGCGGAAAACUGGGUCGGCGUAACAUUUUGUAGACCCAACCAUCAUACUUAUGAAAUAUUUUAAUUAUUUUUUUCUAGGUUCUAACAAUGUAAUGGAAAAAUCUGAUAAUUUAUAUGUAUAAUAUGUAAAGUUAGUUUUACAAAAACUACUAGGAUUUUUUCUUUGUUGAAUUUAUUUAACUUAUUUAUUUUGUGUUCAUACUCAGCUGUUGGUUGAUCACAGAUCUUAUUUUCAUACUUCCCUUGACUGAAUUAAUGGUAACACAUAAGAAUGCAAAAAUUUUUUAGCAGCGAGCUGUGUAGAAAAGAAAGACUAUAUAUAGAAAACACACAGUAUGCUGUGGGCACUAAAAGAAACAGCCAUGUGCAUGCUCUUGUGUGCGGGAAAACUGUACAAAGAUGUAUUUGCCAGGGUUAAGGAAAGAAAAAAGCGGAUUCUGAAACAGUGAGUCCCCCCUAGUCUCUCUUCACUUUCUGCCUUCUUGAGGAGCAUUGAAGGGCUUGCCAACAAGAUGCUUUAUUUAAGUUUACUAUACUCCUGUUAGCCGGAUGUCAGUAACAGGGUGAGUGGUGCCGUUAUGUGGCAUCUUACUGUUCUUCAGGUUUAAACAUCCCCUUUUGGUCUGAAGUCUAAAAACAAAUCUUUAUGAGCCUUAGUCUAGUUGCCUGAUUCCUCAGGUGUGAGAUAAUUUCUGCUCUGGAGGCCUUUGGGUGUGGGCCAACAGCUUAUACAAGGUGCUAGGUACUGAACAAAGUGGAGGGAGAGGUUUCCUGUUGCUUUUCCCAGCUCUCCACAUCUGGCCACCCCACCAUCUGGUUACAAGAACUGAUGGCUAUCCGUAAAAGCAGUCCCCAACAAAUGACAAAACUCCCAUCCGUUACCCCAGAACGUGAUGCAAGCACUCCUCAGCAACACCGACCGACUUCCGAACACUGGAUCACUCUCGUUUCCUUCUUGCUAGUAAGGCAGUUAACAUGGAGCUAACGCAAACCUGCUCGGUGACUUCAGCUGCCAUUUUAGCAUGCCCAAAUCAAAAGCUCUUGAAGCAGAAGCUCUGCACGUUUGUUUAUUUUGUAAUGUGUGCACUUACUCUCCAUCGUCGAGCUCAGCGACUAAGUGACUAGGUUAUGCCCUAGACCUCUGCAAAGGAGGUCAGUGGUUAGGUUUUCCCCCUCGCGGUCUUUCCAUGACAGUCUCCACACACCUUUGUAAAGUUAGCAAACAGGUCAUCACCGCAAACAGUAGCCUUCAACACAUUUAUGUGUUAUUUCUUCUUCCACAAAUAAAGAAACGCACUAUUUCUAGGGCCUGAUUGUACCAUUGAUUUUCAAGGAAAUCAUUACUCCAGAGGCAGAAGUUUUCAUGGAAGUUCUUCAUAAAAAAUAUGAAAUCUGGCUUCUAAUUAGCCAGCUGAAACGUCUUCAAAAAGCACUAUCCAAACAAGUGACUUAUUUUUAAAUGUCUGAAACAAAGAGGAGCUCUUUCAGUAACUCUCGGAAAUGAUAGAUAUACCACUCGUUCUUAUACCAAGAGCUGCUUGUUUCUGCAACCUGCCAGCAAUGCCACAGACCCCGCGACCCUGUCUGUGUGCACAUCUGAGUCACCUAUAGGGCAGUCCCGUUAAAAGGAGAGGGAUUACUCAAGUGAAAAUUAUCCACGUGCCUAAGUGUUUGCACAAUCAGGCCUCCGGUACAUGACUUCAGAAAAAAAGUAAUGGAAAGUACCAUGGUUCCUCAACUUCCUUUGUUUUUCUUUCUUUAUUCCCGUCCAGAGAGCCAUAACUCCUAGUCAUGUGUUAAAUGUGUUAAUAAAAUAUUAGGAAGUUUAUUUCAGUACUAUGCUUGGGUUUUGUAGAUAAAUUUAGAAAGACUGCUCAGCAAUGUGAAGGUAAGCUUUCCGUAUGAGAUUUUCAAACAAAGAAGAAUCAUAAGUUGUUAGACUUUAAACUGCAUCAUUUCAUCUGAUUUUUCAAAUAUCUGUAUCUUAGCAUUUUUUAUGACAAAGGAAUGGUUGAAAUACAUUUUCUAUAAUUAUUUUUCCAUUAAAGCAAGAGCUAAACAUAGUUAACAUUUUUAAUUAUUCAUAUCUAUACAGUCACAAUCUAGUUUUCAUGGAAUCUAUUUUCCCUUCAAGAAAAGAAUAGUAACAAUGUCAAAAGCUUCUUUUCCAGUAUUUAAGGAUCAGAAUCAAUUCUCUCUUGUGUUGCUGUCCUUACUAGGUAUUCAGAUAUUUAGAUGUACUGUACAUAUUAGUCUGGGUACCUUUACUAAUAUUCACAGUAUUUAAGAUUAUAAAUGCAAUUUGUUGUUAAGUAUGUUAUUUUAUUGUGUAAAUUGUUUUGUACAAUCUUUAAAAAUCUACAGUUUUGCAUUUGUAGAUAUUAAAGGUAAGCAAUUUAUUUUGUGUUGUCCUGCAUGUAUAUUUUUGCUGUAGAUAAGUGUUGCUUAGUUUACUAUUUCAGUACAUUUCUGUUUAAAUGAAUAAGCUUACAAACUUUAAUACAGUAUAUAUUUUCAGAAUAUAAACUUUUAUAUUUCUGUGGUAGGUUAGGGUAUGCGUUUUAGGCAAUCUUUUUCACUACUAUUAACUGUUCUUUUAAUCUAUAAUAUAAUGGUUUUGUGCCAAUAGUUUUUCAUUAGAAUAAAAUGCUCUUUUAACAUUAGGGAUAAACAGACAAUUUUGGUUGGGGUUUGUUUUGUUUUGUUAUUUUUUAAUUUUUUGCCAGCCUUUACAGUUUUAAAUGUAAUUUGUAAAUGUAUUGCAUUUGUGAAUAAGCCUUACCAUUAGGUACAAGAAAUCUUUAAAGCUACAUAAUUGCAUAUAUAGUACUAAGGACUUCCCCAAGUAAUUGCUGUAAGAAAGUUAGCAAAAUCAGAGUACAGGGCCUUAAGUUUUUCUUGUGAAAAGGAUAAUACGGGUUGUUUCUUUCGAACAACACAGUUAGACUUGUCAGCAUGGGCUUUGGUAUAUAUAAACUGUGCAUUUGUGCUCCCAACCACAAUAGUUUAAUCUCAGGCUUUGUGUGGCUGGGUCUAUAAAAGUCAAAUCUGGCUAAAGCCAGCACUCUUUAGGAGACGCUAAAGAAGUUUACAUAAGAGACUUAUAGACAAUCUUAAUCAUAGUACAUUUGGGUACGCUGUAUCCUAGAUGUGUUAUCUGUGUCUGCCCAAUUAACCGUACGUUUUAAGCCAUAUUAAAUCUCUUUACUGCUACUUUAAAUACUACACUGAAAGUCAUUUGCUAGCUUACCUACCCACAGACAGGAUUUCGAUUUUUAGUGAAUAAAAAUAUUAUGCCUUCCAUAAAAACAAAGGACCAAAGAACUACAUUAUUCUGACAAAGCACUAGUUACUUAGCCAGUGAACUACUUUGACGUUUGUACUGAAGAUCAAAUAGUCUCCUUCUGCUGCAAACACCGCAUUCUCACCCACACCGAGCAUAAGGGGAAAAAAGGUAUCCACUGACUCACUGGGAAAGAGCGACGGUCAGCUAGGGUGGCAUGUCUACUGGUAAGGCUUAUUACCAAACCUCUGAGAUGAAGCAAAGAACCAAAAAUUCACAAAUUAUGUCAAUGUAAAUUUAUUUUCAGAACUUGCACAAGUAAUUAAUUGUAGAACUCUGCAAAUUAGGCCCUUAAGUUAUUUUGUCAGGACGCCAUGGAACAGACGAAAACAGUUUCUAAUAUUUGUAAUGAUGAGUACAUAUUAUAAUAUUAUAAGGGUACAGGCACCCCUAUAUCACAGUGUUGUAAAUAUUUUCUGAAACUGGUACAGUACCGAGGGACUUGUAUCUUCUGAUAUAUCAACUAUUGACUGUCUAGAUCAAAUUGUACACAAUUUAUUUGUUGAUGGUCCUGUAACUAGUGUAUGGACACAUUUCUGGGUGCCUUAGAAGUUGUAUUUUUCAUGUGUGUUAAUAUGCAGUAUUUAUACAUUGUGAGAAGCUGCUUUGAAUAAAAACAUUGAAACUCCA